AUGGCUUCAAAACAACAGCUUGAGAGUUUAAGGGAAGAUCUAAUUUGUCCCAUCUGUUCAGACUUAUUCACCGAUCCGGUGUCACCAGACUGCGGCCACAACUUCUGCCGCUCCUGUAUCACACAGUUAUGGGAACAUGAAGUUAGAAACUCCUGCCCGGAAUGUAGAGAGGUGUUUACAGACCGCACCCUCAGGGUUAGUCGGGCCUUGGCGAGUCUGGCUGAGAAAGCUCGAACACUGAACCCGAAUCUCAAAGGGAAGGAAAGUAAAUUUAACUGCGAGAAACAUCAGGAGGAACUGAAACUGUUUUGUGAAACGGACAAGAAACUGAUCUGUGUGAUUUGUGCAGCUGGGCGGGAACACAAGACUCACAGCUUCAUGCCGGUGGAUGAAGCUGUUGAAAUCUACAAGGCUGAGAUCAAAUCUUCCUUGGAAUCUCUCACUCAAAAUAAAUUGGCGUUGGAGCGAAUGGAACAGCAACAGAAGCAGAAGAUUUGUGGAGUUCUGGAUCAGUCACAGUUUCUGCAGUCCCACAGCAGGUCCCUGUUUGCUGAACUGCACCAGAUUCUCUUCGAUAAAGAACAGCGCCUACUUAAAUAUCUCGGCGAUGAGAAGGAGAUGAUUCUAAAUACAAUGGAGAAAAAUCUUCAAGAGAUUCAAGUGCGUUUGAAUCUUCUGCAGCAGGAACUCCCAAUUUUACCGAAACAACUGGAUCAGGUGAAUGGUGUGACAUUACUCCAGGAAGAAGCUGGUCGGAAGCGAAGGUAG